AUGGAAACUGAAAGGAAAGGAGAGCAAAUCAAUCUUCCAGCGCCUAAAAUAAAAAUAAUGGAUUCCGAUCUUGAGGAGGCGUUAGAACUAGCAGGCGUUGGCAAAUACCAAUAUUUUCAUUGCGCGUUGAUGGUAGUGACAUUGGCAGCUGCUCUACUAGAGAUGAUCGGAUAUUCCUUCGUACUUCCUUCUGCUGCCUGUGAUUUAGAUUUACCAGACAAUUUAAGGGGAAUUGUGGCAUCUAUACCAAAUAUAGGCGUUAUUUUGACGGCUCCACUCUGGGGAAGAGCAGCUGACUCUCUGGGUCGAAAACCAGUUCUAUUGUUGUCUUCAGCGUUCGCAGGGUUUUUUGGUUUCAUCGCGUCAUUUAUGCCUUCAUUACUUACAUUCGCGCUGUGCAAAUUAGCCGGAUCUUUAUUCUUAUCAUGUCCAUCUUCUCUUUGCUUCGCGUAUGCUGGUGAACUGAUGCCGAGGAAGCGACGAGAUGUGACCCUGUUGACAUGCAAUGCUUUCCUUAUGCUCUCUGCUUCUUUAACCCCAGUUCUAGGUUGGACCAUUUUGUCAAACGUCUGGUAUGGCUUUAAGCCUUGGCGAUUGCUCACAACGGUAUACGCUCUGCCUUUGAUUUUGUCUGCAUUCAUCCUGACCCUGACGAAAGAGAGUCCAAAGUUCCUUAUGACUAGAGGAAAGCACGACGAGGCUCUGGAGGUGCUGAGGUAUAUUUAUUCUGUGAACAGUGGCUUGAAAAAGGAGAGUUUUUGUGUAGUAUCUUUGAAGAGGUCUAUGGACGAGAACGGAACAGAGUUAGGAUUGGGGAGUUCUCAGAGAAAUGACUCGAUAUUUUCACUGUUGCGUCCACCGCACUUACAAUGGCUUGCUCUUCUUGGUUUCCUUAUGUUUGGCUUAUUUUCUCUCUUGAAUGGCCUGUACAUUUUCGCAGCGGACACAAUAAACAAACUAUUAAAUCCAUCGAAUACGGCUUACAGCACUAUCUGCGAAGUGAUAAACCUCCAAGAAAAUAAGACAAGCAGCGCCACAUGCAAUGACUCCAUAUCCCGAGAUACUUUCCUUAUAAUGAUAGUAGCGACAAUCGUGUACGGCAUAAUAGUGAUGAUGAUCAGCCUCAGUCUCGUCUCCAAGAAAGUCCAGCUUAUUACCAUGUUCUUGGUAGUUGGCGCCGCUUGUAUUACGUCAGAGCUUACCAGAUAUAGAUUACUCGCCGGGAUAUCCAUGUCAGCCUUACAGAUAACUGCUCUAGGCAUCGGGCCACUUACAGCAUACGCGGUCCAUCUCUUUCCCACGAGUUUGAGAGGCACGGCUGUCGGCGCAGUUCUCAUGUUCGGACGUAUCGGUUCCGCGAUCGGAGCCAAUGCUGCGGGCGUCUUUCUCUCAAGUUCUUGCACGAUCACGUUAUACGGCUUUUCUUCUAUGCUAUUCUUAUGCGGAGCUCUUAGCAUCCUUCUGCCAAAGGACCAUCCCCCAAGAAAUAGCAGAUAA